CACGGGAGCGCGUUCUAUCUUCUUUUCAAGAAGCGUAUCCUGUUGUUUCCCUUUUCGAGAGCCACGCCCUCUCCACCAUAUCCUUCUUCUAGCCGGGAAGCUCGAGGGGCCAUUGAUGGACGCCUUGAGGGUGUGGAGAGCUUCCUCGCAUUUCAUCGGCUUUGCUUCUAGGGCGACCUGCGCCGCCGCGACCUCUAGGGCAAACGUUAGUGUUCGAAGCCGGUGCUGCUCCUCCUCCUCCGCUGCCUCCGCCGCUGCGGCAGCAGAAUUGCCGUCUACCACAGUUGCCCCGGCUAAUCCCGGCCGUCGAGGCCGGAAUUCGUCUUCCACCUCCGACCGGGAAUCCAUUCGUGCCAUCCGUCUUAAAAAGGUUGAAGAACUAAGAAGCAAGGGUCAUGAACCAUAUGCAUAUAAGUGGACCAGGAGCCACACAGCAUGUCAACUCCAAGAUAUUUAUAGCCAAUUGGCAAAUGGUGAAGAAUGCAAGGAAGAUUUAGUGUCAAUUGCAGGAAGAAUUGUUGCUCGCAGAGCAUUUGGUAAACUGGCUUUCUUGACUCUAAGAGAUGAUUCUGGGACAAUUCAGCUUUAUUGUGAGAAGGAAAUCCUAGAGGAUCAGUUUGAGCAGCUGAAGACAUUUGUUGAUAUUGGUGAUAUUGUCGGUGCGAACGGAUCCAUAAAGAAGACAGAAAAAGGGGAGUUGUCUGUUUGUGUGAAGAAUUUUGAAAUCCUUACAAAAUCUUUACUCCCUUUACCAGAUAAAUAUCAUGGUCUAACUGAUGUGGAUAAGCGAUAUCGCCAACGGUAUGUGGACAUGAUUGCCAAUCAUGAGGUUGCUGAUGUCUUUAGGAUAAGAGCUAAGAUUGUUUCUGAGAUUCGCAAGACAAUGGAAUCUUUAGGUUUUAUUGAAGUUGAGACUCCAGUCUUACAGGGAGCAGCUGGGGGUGCAGAAGCUAGGCCUUUUGUUACUUAUCAUAAUUCACUUGGAAGGAAUCUUUAUUUAAGAAUUGCAACAGAGCUUCACUUGAAGAGAAUGCUGGUAGGGGGCCUUGAGAAGGUAUUUGAAAUAGGGAGAAUAUUCAGAAAUGAAGGCAUCUCAACCCGUCAUAAUCCUGAGUUCACCACUAUUGAGAUGUAUGAAGCAUAUUCUGACUACCAAAGCAUGAUGAACAUGGCUGAGGAAAUUGUUACUCAAUGUGCUCUUGUGGUUCAUGGGAAGCUUGACAUUGAUUAUCAGGGAGUUCAAAUAUCACUACAGCGACCGUGGAGAAGGGAAACUAUGCAUAAUCUUGUUAAAGAAGCCACUGGCAUUGACUUUGAUGAAUUCAAGAACAAUCUUGAAGCUGCUAAAAGGGUUGCAAGGGGGAUACUAGGAAGCAGAUCAGAAAAUAAUGAUAGCCAUUUGGUUGAAACUUGUCCAUCCGUGGGACAUGUUCUUAAUGAGAUUUUUGAGACCAUUGUUGAGCCGACUCUUGUACAACCAACAUUUGUACUUGACUAUCCGAUUGAGAUAUCACCAUUGGCUAAACCCCACCGAAGGCAAAAAGGAUUGACUGAGCGGUUUGAACUUUAUAUUUGUGGUCGUGAAAUUGCUAAUGCGUUCUCAGAACUUACAGAUCCAGUGGAUCAGAGAUCUCGCUUUGAAGAGCAAAUAAAGCAGCACAAUGACAAGCGAGCAACACUAGUUUCAAACUCAAAAUAUGUUGAAGGGGAAAAAGAGUUUGAUGAUUACUCUUAUGAAGUUUCACUUGAUGAAGACUUUUUAACUUCUUUAGAAUAUGGCAUGCCCCCAGCUUCAGGAAUGGGUCUCGGAAUUGAUAGGCUAGUGAUGCUUCUAACAAACUCUGCCAGUAUACGGGAUGUUAUCGCAUUUCCUGUUCUAAAGAUUCAGCAUUAGGCUUACUUUAAAGGAAGCCAGAGUUGCCAAAUAGAAACUCCAGAUGAGUGAUACAUUUGCAUGUUGAAGAAGGCUCUUCUCAGCAAUUUGGUUGCAGUGUUAAUUUAUGAAGCUCUUGUCACGUCUGCUCAAACCCUUUUUCAUUUGGGGGGAUUUUGUGAUCGUAACUGUAAAAUAGAAUACAUUGUGUGAGCUGAUUCCUCAACCUGGUUACAUAAUUUCUCAUCUUUUUUAUCUGUUUGUUUUGGGGCAAUGAUACGAUACAUACCAGCCUUCAUAUAUAUAGUCAAUAAAUCAGGUACGUAACAAAGUUUCUCAA